AUGUAAUUAAUAAACAAACUCAUUAUAAUGCAAAUUUUAUACCAAGAACAACAACAAAAAAAAUCUGGUGCUGGCAACACAGCUUACAUUAAGAGAGCUUGUUCUGUGUCAGAGGACCAGAGUUCAGGUUGGCUUCUCUGGCAGGCCACGUCCAAACACUUAAAACUGCAGCUCCAGAGGAUGUGAAGUCUCCUUCCCACUGCCAUGUUCACUUGCAUACACAGAGAAAUGGGAGAGGAGAAAUAAAAUAAAUGUUAGGAACAGUUCUGACAGCUUCUGCCUGUUGGGAAUUAUUCAGUGUUACUGUUAUGAUAGUAAUGUGUAAACCAUAACGAGAAAAAUUAUUUAAAACUAACUGUUUCAGUGUCAGUAGCUGCACCCUAGGGAAAAAACUACAAUCAUAUAAAUCAUUUAAUGGGUUCUGACUGCUCUCCAUGGCUGCUUUGCACCAACCUCUCCCCUUCCACAUGCUAAUGAUUAAACACUGAACAGAUGCUAGAAGUAGGCACUGCCCUUCCUUUUUAACCAUGUAUAAAGGAAAGAAAAAAUUGUGCACCCUGUGCACAAUCAGAAGAGUGAAGAGCAAUGAGUUUCAAACAGCAGUGUGUGGGACUCAGUGAUGGCCGCCUCAUGCCAUUACUGGGCUAUGGCACUUUUCAAAAUCCAGAGCAGUGAAUAUGUGAAUCAGAUUUCCUUUGGACAAGCAGAAUAUGUGGCAUACUUACAGAGGGCUGAAGGUAGAAUGUCACCCUUAUCUGAACCGGAGCAAGCUGCUGGAUUUCUGCAAGUCAUGAGACAUUGUUCUUGUUGCCUAUGCAGUCCUGGGGUCUCAGCGUCCUAUAAAUUGGUUCCCAAGAGUAAGUCACUGGAGGCUGCACACCUGGCUAUAGAUGCUGGGUACCGCCAUAUUGAUACUGCUUAUGCAUACCAAAUAGAAGAGGAGAUAGGACAGGCCAUUCAAAGCAAGAUUAAAGCUGGGGUUGUAAAGAGAGAGGACAUGUUCAUCACUACAAAGCUUUGGUGUACUUGCUUUCGACCAGAGCUGGUCAAGCCUGCUUUGGAAAAAUCACUGAAAAAUCUUCAACUGGAUUAUGCCGAUCUUUACAUUAUGCAUUACCCAGUGCCAAUGAAGUCAGGGGAUAAUGAUUUUCCAGUAGAUGAAAAGGGGAAAAGUCUAUUGGACACUGUGGAUUUCUGUGACACAUGGGAGAUGUUGGAGAAGUGUAAGGAUGCAGGGUUGGUCAAGUCCAUUGGUGUGUCCAACUUUAACCACAAGCAGCUGGAGCGACUCCUAAACAAGCCAGGACUGAAGUACAAACCUGUCUGCAACCAGGUUGAAUGUCAUCUUUAUUUGAACCAGAGUAAGCUACUGGACUACUGCAAGUCAAAAGACAUUGUUCUCGUUGCUUAUGGUGCUCUGGGAACCCAGCGAUAUAAAGAAUGGGUGGACCAGAACUCCCCAGUUCUCUUGAAUGAUCCAGUUCUUUGUGAUGUGGCUAAAAAGAACAAGCGAAGCCCUGCCCUGAUUGCCCUUCGAUACCUGGUUCAGCGUGGGGUGGUGCCCCUCGCCCAGAGUUUCAAAGAAAAUGAGAUGAGAGAGAAUUUGCAGGUUUUUGACUUUCAGUUGUCUCCUGAGGACAUGAAAACACUAGAUGGCCUGAACAAAAAUUUUCGAUAUCUUUCAGCAGAGUUUCUUGCUGGUCACCCAGAAUAUCCAUUUUCAGAGGAAUAUUAACAUGGGGAGCUAGUUAUGAUUUCUACCUGCCAUCCCUGUGUGUGGACAGUGAUGCUGAUGAUGUAGCCUAGAUGCUGCUGGAUGGACAUAUUGUUUCAGAUCAAUCUGGACGGCUCAGCAACUCACAUUCAGCUGAAGCUCCAGCUAAUGGAUGCAAAGAAAAGGAAAAUAAUUUUGAUGAUACUCUGAAAUAUAAAAUUUUCUCUUCAAAAAUA